GGGGAACUUGAAGCGCGGCCGCCCCUUUCCCUCUGUCCGUCCGCGUGCGCGGCGAUGCCAUGGCGGCCCCCGCGCGGCCCUGGAGCCCCGAGGAGCUGCGGAGCGACGCGCUGCCCAAGCGAGAGAUCAUCCGCUUCCUGCAGGAGCAGGCGGCCCACGAGUUCCUUGCACAGCACAAGUUACUCGGGCAGAUAAAGAAUGUAGCCAAGACGGCUAGCAAGGACCAGCUGAUUGCAGCUUACGACCAGCUCUUUGAGACACAGAGCUUUAAGGGCACCGAGAGUGCAGAACACGUGACGGAGGAGGUGAAAAAUGUCAAGCUUGAUGAAGACAAGCCCAAAGAGGCAAAGCCUGAGGAAGCCAUCAGUGAGGGCCCCCCCAGGUAUACAAAGUCGAUCCUGAAGAAGGGGGAUAAAGUCAACUUUCCAAAAAAGGGCGACGUUGUCCACUGCUGGUAUACGGGAAAGCUGCAAGAUGGAACGGUCUUCGAUACGAAUAUUCAGGCAGGUUCCAAGAAGAAGAAAGCGUCGAAGCCGCUGAGCUUCAAAGUCGGUGUGGGAAAAGUGAUCCGAGGCUGGGAUGAAGCUCUGCUGACCAUGAGCAAAGGAGAGAAGGCUCAGCUGGAAAUCGAACCCGAAUGGGCUUACGGGAAGAAAGGGCAACCAGACGCCAAGAUUCCACCAAAUGCAAAACUUUUUUUCGAAGUCGAAUUGGUGGAUAUUGAAUGACGGGACUCUCUUCUUCUUCCAAGACUGGACGGCUGUGACAAUUUGUGUCCAGGGAAUACUAUGGUGGCCUUGUGAUCCCCCGAUCCAGUUGCUACAAAGCCAGUCUGAAGACUUCCUGGGGGGGGGGGGGGGGUCUGCCUUUUGUUGCUGCUUUGUUCUACCGAAUGUCAUAAAAAGUCUCCCCUGCAGGA